GAGCUCGCCCUGAUAAAAAAUGGCAUUUCAGAAGGCAGUGAAAGGAACUGCUCUCAUUGGAGGAGGUGCCAUAGCAACAGUUUUUGGCCUCUCUCAAUUUUCUCAGUAUAGAAACAAACACGGUCCCUUUGUGCAUGUUCAAGCUGCAGAAGCUGUGACUGUUCCAAUAAAGAACCAUUUCCCCACAAGAGAACAACAAAUCUUGGCGCUGCAAACCACAGGUGAAUUUGAUGUCCUUGUUAUAGGCGGAGGAGCAACAGGCUGUGGCUGUGCUUUAGAUGCAGUCACUAGAGGACUAAAAACAGCCCUUCUAGAAAGAGAUGAUUUCUCAUCAGGGACCAGCAGCAGGAGUACUAAAUUGAUCCAUGGUGGAGUGAGAUAUCUUCAGAAGGCCAUCAUGAAGUUGGAUUUUGAGCAGUACAAGAUGGUGAAAGAAGCGCUUGAGGAGCGUGCAAAUCUGCUUGAAAUUGCUCCUCACCUAUCAGCUCCUCUGCCGAUAAUGCUGCCUGUUUACAAAUGGUGGCAGUUGCCAUACUACUGGUUUGGAAUAAAACUAUAUGAUCUUGUGGCUGGAAGUCAAUGUCUGAAAAGUAGUUAUGUCCUUAGCAAGUCAAGAGCCUUGGAGCUCUUCCCAAUGCUACGCAAAGACGAGCUUGUUGGAGCUAUUGUCUACUAUGACGUAACCUACUGGAUGUGAGAGAUGAUAUAAUUAGUUUUAUUGGUGAAAACAUUCUGGUGUUCUGGUGAGUCCCUACAACUUCCCAGCUGUGCCUGAUUUUGCUAUACACAUCUUGGACUGAACACUUCUUCUGAGGUAUCGUGAGUCAAGAAAGUGCGAUCAGUCCAGUAAUGCUCAGUGGUUUGCUGUAGCACUUUCACUGUGCAAAAUAACUUCAGACCUAUCUGGGUGAGCUGGCUGCUGGUUGUGGUUCUUGCGCUGGGUUGGAUGAGACCUGGAUCAGUUAAUUCUCGUAUUGCCAGUAAAAUUGGUUGCUCUGCAAAGACAGCAUUUAUUGUAAUUAUAAUCAAAUACGAGAGAUUGCUAUAAGACAUGAAUGGUUUCUGUUAAAACCCCUUUAAAUAAAGGGUUAUAAAUUCAUGAGAGGGAAAAAUGCCUCCAGCCCGAGUUAUUUAAUCUACUGCAUCAGCUAGUUUUAGGUAUGUUUGUGCAUAACACUUACACAAAGUCAGUGUCUGAGUGGGAGAAUGUGAAGAUGCUUUCUGCAAAUCUUCCGAUGUUCAUUCAAAAUUGAACGAUGAUUUAAUAGAACUCAUUGUAGCUGUCCAGAAAUAACAAUUCGAAACUGUUCGUGUGUAUUCACGUUUGGAAGGAGUGCCAGUCUUGUUUGUAGUGUAAGAAUGGGUAAGCCUCUUUGCCUUGUUCCUGACAUAAGUCUGGUAGAAGUCCCUGGCAUGGCUCUACAGCCACGGGUGCCACAGGGGAUCUUCUAAGCAAAGAAUUUCUUAGCUCGCUCUCUGUCCCUUCACAUGCACAAGGCAAUCUGAGACAAAAUCGGUGAAGGUUUAGUUGGUUUACUUGACAAAUGACUACCCAGAAACUUUGCUUGUCCCAAUAUUAGCGUUUGUGUUGAUGUACAUGUGUCUUGAGCUUUAUCCGAACUGCUGUAUCUCAGUACUUCGCAAUGUCAUGCAGCUUACCUCCCCAAACUGUCAGAACUUCGGUAUUUAAAAAAUACUGAACUUGCACAAAUCCAAAAUGCUAGAAUGUUCAUUGCUGAGGUUUGAAUACCAGGAUACUUACUUUGUUGAAUAUUUUUGUUUUGCAUCAGAAUUCUACGCUGUUCCAGGGUGUGGUUUUAGUUAGAUUGGUACUCCCCCUUCCCCAGUCGUUUUCUACUUCCCCUCCAAGACAGAAAGUUUUGGUAAAACUUUCUUGGUGAUGGGGUCAGCCAGGUAAUAUCAAAAUGCCACAUGUGCUCAGGGUAGGGCAAAAAGCCAUAGAUUCCUUGCAGGCCUGGAGGAGCCCUCCAAGGAAUAAAUAGCUUAGGUACUGAUUUACUUCAGUCAUGGUACGGUUCUAGUUGGUUUUUACCUGAAGAUGUAGUUUCUGACCUUUUGGCAGCCAGAAAGGUCUUCACACAAAAUUGAUUAUAAAGGUAGCUCUUUUCCCUUUUUAGAACUGCAUUUACACUAUUCAUCAGCUUAUCAAUAGGGGCUUUUGUACUGGGAAGAAGUAGGAGGGACUCUCAAAGCACACUGGACUCGGGUAGUAUUUAUGAGGCUUCUGGCAAAAGCGUGUGUUGAUAAUUGCAAGUUGUCUCAUACAGAGCCCAGCAGAAUGAAAAAAAAAAAUUAUCUAUUUGUGCAGGAAUAUAUAUGUGUAGGUUCUUAUUUGGGAGCGGGGUGAGAUUCAAGUAAAAAUUAAGUCCAUCAUUUAUCUCUGAUGGAGACUGCAUCUUCUCUGUCUUCUUUUUAAGGUCUAGAGGAAAUAAGAGGUUAUUUAGAAGCAAAAUUUGUUGUGGGAUUAUGUGGUAUCUUUUGUAUACUGUAACAAGAGCUGCUGUAAAUAGCAUACAUAGAAGUAACUCGGAUUUAUUUUUCCAUUAUCAUAAGCUAUCCCUUAGACUGUUUUACGGGAUCCCAGGAGCAUGCAAGAAGAACGAAGUGGUUCUCUUAACUGUAAUUACACUUCUCAUAAGAGCACUAUAGCUUGAAAUCUAUUUAUAAUCUAUUGAAGGUUUUCUCAGAUUAAAUAGAUAGUUUGGAUGUAUCACAGCUAUUUACUGCUCCAGCAUUCUAAAGAUACACUUUUACAAGAUAGGCUUAAAAUUAGUCUUCAAGUUUCUUGGACGAAUAAUCAUUU